AUGGGUAGUGAUAAAAAUACAUCUCUUAUACUUGGUAGACCAUAUUUGUUAACAGGAGGAGUAAUAAUAGAUAUGCCUUUAGGCAAAUUUAUUUUUAGAGUAGGAACAGAAAAAGAGGAAUUCUCUAUCUCUAAAGGUGUUAAAUUCCCAUCUUUUGAUGAAUCAUGUCAUGUUGUUGAUGUUAUUGAUGACCUUGCAAAAGAAACAUUUGUUAAGCAUUCAUUUAGUGAACCGUUGGAAGCAUGUCUUACACUUAGUAUAAAAAUGGAAGAAAAGGAAUCUGAUUUUGUUGAGUCUUUGAUGAGGUUAGAAGGUCAGGGUUAUUUGCCUACACAUCUUAGUAGGAAAUAUGAAGAUUUAGGUAGUGGCAAUCCUUUUCCACUCCCUUCUAAUGAAACACCACCUCUAUUUGAAAUUAAACCACUACCAUCACAUUUGAUAUAUGUUUUCUUGGGUGUAAAUGAUACUUAUCCUAUGAUUGUUUAUGCUGAUUUGCUUCCUGCAGAAGUAGAAAAAUUGAUGAGAAUAUUGAGGCAAUUUAAGAUUGCCUUAGGGUGGUCUAUUGCUGAUGUUAAGGGGAUUAAUCCCUCAAUUUGUAUGCACAGGAUAUUGAUGGAAGAAAAUCAUACCCCAAGGGUGGAAAGUCAAAGGCGCCUUAAUCCUAGCAUGACAGAAGUCGUACGUGCUGAAAUUCACAAGCUUCUUGAUGCAGGUAUUAUCUAUCCCAUUUCUGAUAGUGCAUGGGUUAGUCUUGUACAUGUUGUUCCUAAAAAGGGUGGUAUCACUGUUCUUAAAAAUGAUAAAGAUGAGUUGAUUCCUACUAGAACUGUCACAAGUUGGAGAAUGGCUAUUCAGGUUAUUUUCAAAUUCCCAUUGCCCCCGAGGACCAGGAAAAGACUACAUUUAUUUGUCCAUAUGGAUAUAAUUGAGAUUUUUAUGGAUAAUUUUUCAGUAGUUGGUUCCUCUUUUGAUACUUGUCUAGCUAACUUGAGCCGUGUUUUACAGCGUUGUGAAGAGACAAAUCUUGUGCUUAACUGGGAAAAAUGUCAUUUUAUGGUAUACUGUUCUAAAGUUGAGGUUAUUGAAAAGUUGCUUCCCCCUUCUUCGGUAAGAGCUAUUAGAAGUUUUCUAGGCCAUGCUGGUUUUUAUAGGAGGUUCAUUAAAGAUUUUGCUAAGAUUGUAAAACCUCUUUGCAAUUUGUUGGUUAAAGAUGUCCCUUUUGUGUUUGAUGAUGCAUGUUCAAAGGCUUUCAAUAGCCUUAAACAAGCUUUAAUUUCAGUCCCUAUUAUGGUUGCACCUAAUUGGACUUUACCUUUUGAACUUAUGUGUGAUGCUAGUGAUUUUGCAUUAGGUGCUGUUUUGGGACAAAGAAGAAAUAAAAAGUUGCAUGUGAUUUCUUAUGCAAGCAAAGUAUUAAAUGAUGCUGAAAAUAAUUAUGCAACUACUGAAAAAGAAUUUUUAGCCGUUGUUUUUGCUCUUAACAAAUUUUUCUUUUAUCUUGUUGGAUCAAAGGUAAUUAUCUACACAAAUCAUUCAGCCAUUAAAUAUUUGUUUCUUAAAAAGGAUUCCAAACCUAGAUUGAUCCGUUGGGUUUUGUUAUUGCAAGAAUUUGACUUGAAAAUUAGAGAUAAGAAAGGAACUGAAAACUUAGUGGCUGAACACUUGGCAAGGUUGGAACAUAUGGAAAAAUCUGAUGUUGAGGAGUCCAUAAAUGAUGAGUUCCCUGAUGAAUGA